CAAAUAAUAAUAAAGUCCUGUUCAUUGCACACGUCAUUCCGUCCUCCACAGCAGAUGGCGCUAUUUCACUAAUUAUUGUUUUCUGUUUUAUCAGUGACCAGGUCGAAAUUCUUUAUUUGCGCCAAAAGAGAAAACCUUGGAAAGUCAGCUGAGGUAAUAUGUAGCGGAAAAGUAAAGGUACUUCAAAAACGAGGGAAUGGAAAAGCAGUACCUGGCAACCUGCGUGACAAAUCGCAUGGGUGCUGCUCAACGGCGGGAUUUGGAUGCCAAUCUGGCAACCCAAGUCUCAGUAUGUUAGGGCAUGCAUGCGAAGUCGAUCAGUGCGGGUGACUUUGGCGACCUACACGGCAACCCGAUAUUAUAUCUCAUAUAUCCAUACACACGUAUAUUUUGCAGUCCCGCACGCUACAGUGCAAACCAGCGUUUGAUGAUUGUGCAUCGCCAUCUGGCAACCCCGCCCCACCGCGCAAGCUAGGCCAUCUUCGGGAAGGGGCUUUCGGACUAAAUCACCUGGCAGCCCCAUAUUUCACAGUGCAGCCCUGCGUUGAGAAACUAUGACGUGAAACGUGGCAGCCGCUAGCCACAGUUAGGCCAGCUACGGGUGAUUGUGGAGCGAAAUCUGGCAAUUAAUUUGCUGAGCUCGCAAACUAGCGUGGGGUGAUUUUGGAGAACGAUCUGGCAACCCGUCCCUAGAGCACACGCCAGCGUUGGGCGAUUGCGGAGCACGGCUUGGCAGCCGCUAGCCACAGUUCGGGUCAGCUGCGGGUAAUGUGGGGACACUAUCUGGCAACCCAGCCCUAGGUCGCACAGCAAGGUUGGGUGAUUCUGGAGCGCCGUCUGGCAACCGCUCCAGUCCAGUCCAGUCCGGGCCGCACACACACAGACAUGAUCGGCUUCUCCCGGGGCUGCAGCUCAGGAACGACGCUCCGCGCAGCGAUUGCGAGCAGCUCAUGAUUUGCUCGCUCUGCAGUCACACGUCGAAGUAGAGCCGCCGACGGGAAGAAGGAGCAGAAGGCGAGGCGAGGAGAGACGAGGAGGAGACCGGCCGGGCAGCCCCUGAGCCCGACCCGAGGCUCGCUCGGCGCCGGUGGCGGAGGAGCGACAUCAUUAUCAUCAUCACCACCAUCAUCAUCAUCAUCAUCAUGGCCGUGUCCGUGAUCGCGGCGUGCCGCAGCCUGGCGCUCUCAACAUGGCUGCUCUCCUUCUGCUUCGUGCAUCUGCUGUGCCUGGACUUCACCGUGGCCGAGAAGGAGGAGUGGUACACGGCCUUCGUGAACAUCACGUACCGCGACCCCGCCACCGGCGACGCGGUCACCGAGAAGACCGAGUGCGGCCGCUACGGCGAGCACUCGCCCAAGAAGGACGCGCGCGGGCUCGUGGCCAUGGCCGCGUCGCCGCACGAGCGCCAGGCGUGCGAGCCCGGCACGCGCUUCGCGGUGCCCGCGAGCGGCGGCGCCGCGUGGAUCGCGCUCGUCGCCAAGGGGAACUGCACGUACAAGGAGAAGAUCCGCCACGCGGCCACCCACAACGCGUCCGCCGUGGUCAUCUUCAACGUGGGCUCCGGCAGCGCCAACGAGACCAUCACGAUGCCGCACCAAGGCACGGGGGACAUCGUGGCCAUCAUGAUCCCGGAGUCGAAGGGACGCGAGAUCGCCGCCCUGCUGGAGAGGAACGUCACGGUGACCAUGCACAUCACCAUCGGCACGCGGAACCUGCAGAAGUACGUGAGCCGCACCUCGGUGGUCUUCGUCUCCAUCUCCUUCAUCGUGCUGAUGAUCAUCUCGCUCGCCUGGCUCGUCUUCUACUACAUCCAGAGGUUCCGCUACGCCAACGCGCGCGACAGGAACCAGAGGCGGCUCGGAGACGCGGCUAAGAAAGCCAUCAGCAAGCUGCAGGUGCGGACCAUCAGGAAAGGAGACAAGGAAACGGAGUCAGAUUUUGACAACUGCGCCGUCUGCAUUGAAGGCUACAAGCCAAACGAUGUGGUUCGGAUAUUGCCGUGCCGGCACGUUUUCCACAAGAACUGUGUGGACCCGUGGCUUCAGGACCACCGGACGUGUCCCAUGUGCAAGAUGAACAUCCUGAAGGCCCUGGGAAUUCCUCCCAACGCGGACUGCUCCGACGACGUCCCGCCCGACUACGAGACCUCAGUCGGGGGACCGCCCUCCAAUCAGGUGACAGGAGCCGGUGACAUCACAGUGAAUGAGAGCUCCAUGGUGUUGGACCCGGUGGUGCGGACGGUGGGGUUGCCCCAGGUCUUCCCCGAUUCGGACCCCCUUCCGCAGGCAGGAGAGAGCCGCCACAUCGCCAGCAGCGAGCACCAGCCCCCCAUGAGCAGCGACUCGGACACCUCCCUCAUCAUGGCCGUGGAGGUGGGGCUCUCGGACGUGGAGCUGUCCUCGGAGCAGGAGAGGGAGGAGGUCAAGUCCUGAGCGGAACAGCCAACGGUGUACGGGAUGGGGAGGAACGGGGGGUGGUGGGGGGUGGCUGUGUACAGCAGAGCGAACCGGAGCUCUGCCUCAGUCGCAUGGGGGAGGGUGACCGUGACUUGUGGUGCUCAUGGCAGCGGUGUCUCUGAAAAGCAAUAGCAACAGCGAU